AAGUAAAAAAACUAUGUCGACGUUGACACGCAUGCGUUUUAUUAAUGGUGGGGGGCUUCUUCGAGAGAAAAUACUCCAUAAUUUUGGACAAAGAGGAAUAUCAUCUGCUCCUGCUGUGAAAAAAUCAAAGAUGGGAAAACUCACUGAGGAAGAAAGAAAAAAAAAACUAACACCAUUAUUGACCAGUGGUUGGUCUGUUCAGACAGAUAGGGAUGCCAUUUACAAGGAGUUUCUGUUCAAAAAUUUUAAUCAGGCUUUUGGCUUCAUGGCUAGAGUGGCAAUGCAAGCAGAAAAAAUGGAUCACCAUCCUGAAUGGUUCAAUGUUUACAAUAAAGUAAAUAUUACUCUCUCUUCCCAUGAUGUGAAUGGUUUAUCACAAAGGGAUGUUAAACUUGCAACUUUCAUAGACAAUGUUGCUAAGUUGGAUGUAAAUUAAAACAAUAAAUUCAAAUGAUGUAUCCAUGAAUAAAUUUUUCUGUGAAUAUCUCAGAGUUUAUAUUAGAUUAUAAAGAUUGUAUAAAAAAUAUUAUAUUAUGAGUACACCAUAUGAUCUAAACACUUGUUUUAUU